AUGCGGUUUUUGGCUCUUGUGCAAUGCGUUCUGAUGCUAUGUCUGACAGGUAAGGGAGUACGGUAAUUUUGUUUUGUAGUACUUGAGUUUGGUCUACAGUAUGAUUUUUCUUAAAUUACAAUAUGAUCGUAUUGUGAGCUACAGUAUUUUUGAAAAAAAUUGAUAUACUGGUUCAAAAGUUAUGUAUGUUGUGCUGUAUAAAUCUCCAUAAUUAAAAAAAUUACUGCAACUUACAGUACUAUCAAUUUAUAACUUCUAAACCUACAGUAAUGUUAUUUCAGUUACAGUAUCCUUUUCAAAAUCGUAUCGUCUACUCCGUCCAGAAUACGUGACUAGAACACACCAGAAGAUACUACCAGCACCAUACGCAUCGUACCGGCUACGUCUCAACGGGCCCAGUAUGUAUCUGUUCGGCUACAACCAUAACAAUGAUGCUAGACUGAAGCGAGUGAACGACGACGAUGAAGAUGUAAGUGUAAAAUACGCCACAAACUUUGAAUAUUGAUAUUAGGAAGUUCAGUUUAUUCUGUGCUCCUUUGACACUGUAUUUCACUUUAUUCUGUGCCCCAAUGACACAGUAUUUCACUUUAUUCUGUGCCCCAAUGACACAUUAUUUCACUUUAUUCUGUGCCCCUUUGACACAUUAUUUCAUUUUAUUCUGUGCCUCUUUGAGACAGUAUUUCACUUUAUUCUGUGCCCUUCAGAAAAAUAUUUUUAAAAAAACUAAAAAUUAUGCAAAUUUAGAAAGUUUUUGUAUUUAAAAUGACAUUUUUCAGCAACCUCUACGAUUUGGAUGA